AGAUAACUCAGUUUCUUCCAAGGUCCUUCUUCUCUCUUACUAGCAUUCUACUUUUGGGGUUUGUGUGACAUGGGUUUGACAAAAACAUUGCUUUUCUUGGUGUUUUGUUGUCAAAGAUAUAUCCUUUUACUUGGAUACUGUAGCAUGGGCGGUGAAGGUCAGCAAAUUUCAUUACUUGAUGGAGUAGAAGACAGAUUCGGAGGUAUUGUGGUGAACUUGAUGGAAGUGGAAUCUAUGACUGUUGAGGAUUUUGAUGCAAAGCUUGAUAAUUCACUUAAGGCUUGGAAGGAUCAGGGGAAGAAGGGGAUUUGGAUAAAGUUGCCUCGUGAGCUAUCUAGUCUUGUUGACACUGCAAUUAAGAAAGGGUUUACAUACCACCAUGCCGAGAAUGAAUACGUGAUGCUUACAUCUUGGCUUCCCGAGCCACCUAGCACUCUUCCUUGCAAUGCUUCUCAUCGUAUUGGGAUCGGUGCUUUUGUCCUGAACAAGAACGGAGAGAUGCUUGUGGUUCAGGAGAAUAGUGGAUAUUUCAGAGAUAAAAAUGUGUGGAAGGUGCCUACCGGUACUAUUAAAGAGGGUGAGAGUAUCUGGGCUGGAGCAGUUAGGGAAGUGAAAGAAGAAACUGAUAUUGAUGCAGAAUUUGUAGAAGUCCUGGCUUUCAUGGAAAGCCACCAAGCAGUCUGGCAAAGAAAAACGGAUAUAUUUUUCGUCUGCGAGUUGGAAGCAAGCACAUUUGAAAUCAAGAAACAAGAUUCUGAAAUCUAUGCUGCUAAGUGGAUGCUGGUUGAGGAAUACGUAAACCAACCCUUUCACAACAAGGAGGGGAACGAAAUGUUUAAGUUAAUAGCUAACAUCUGCUUAAAGAGCAUGGAUGGUGAAGCUCAACAGAUCGCUUUACUUAAUGGAAAAGAAGACAGAUAUGGCGGUGUUGAGGUGAACUUAAUGGAAGUUGAUUCCAUGACUGCUGAAGAUUUUAAUGCAAAGCUUGACGUUUCUCUUAAGGCAUGGAAGGAUCAGGGGAAAAAGGGAAUUUGGAUAAAGCUGCCUUGUGAGCUUUUAAGUCUUGUUGACAUUGCAAUUAAGAAAGGGUUUACAUACCACCAUGCCGAGAAUGAAUAUGUGAUGCUUACAUCUUGGAUCUCCGACUUGCCUAGCACUAUUCCUGCCAAUGCUUCUCAUCGUAUUGGGAUUGGUGCUCUUGUACUAAACAAAAACAGAGAGGUGCUUGUGGUUCAGGAGAUUGAUGGUGUUUUCAAAGGUACCGGACUGUGGAAGCUUCCUACCGGUGUUAUUCAAGAGGGUGAGGGUAUUUGGGCUGGAGCAGUUAGGGAAGUAAAAGAAGAAACUGGUAUUGAGACAAGAUUUGUAGAAGUCUUGGCUUUCGGGGAAAGUCACCAAUCAUUCUUGGGAAGAAAAACGGAUAUAUAUUUUCUAUGUGAGUUAGAACCAAGCACAUUUGAAAUCAAGAAACAAGACUCUGAGAUCCUGGAUGCUAAGUGGAUGCCGAUUGAGGAAUACGUAAAGCAACCUUUUAUCCAGAACAGAGAGAACUUCAGGUGCAUGGCUAACAUUUGCUUGAAGAGGUCUCGGGAGGAGUACUUAGGUUUCUCCACUGUCCUUACUAAGAAUUUAACUGGUAAGGAGAGCUAUCUUUACUGCAACACCGACCACGCCGACUUCCUCAACGGAAAGCUUGACCAUGCUUCUACUUCUCUCUUCAGAAAGUGUUUCUGUUUAACCUAAUUCUCUUUCUCCUUGUCACUUGUAACCUCCUAACCUGUAAAAGACUCUUCACAACGUGUGUUUCUGUUUCUCUGUUUUUCACUUAUUCUAAUAAAAACAUUUUUUUUUU